AUGGAGAACUUCACUUCAACCAACCACACGCUGGGCCCCUGGACGGACCACAGUUUAGAAUACAAGGUAAUCAGCGCUCUUCUGGUGCUCACCAUUUGCGUAUUGGGGAUGGUUGGGAACGUGAUGGUCAUCUUGGUGGUGCUCACUACGAAGCACAUGCGCACUCCAACCAACUGCUACCUGGUGAGUUUAGCCGUGGCGGACCUGACGGUGCUGACGGCCGCCGGGCUGCCGAACAUCGCGGACAGCGUGUACGGCUCGUGGGUGUUCGGCCACGCCGGCUGCCUCGGCAUCACCUACUUCCAGUACCUGGGCAUCAAUGCGUCGUCGUGCUCCAUCACCGCUUUCACGGUGGAGAGGUACAUCGCCAUCUGCCACCCGAUCAAGGCGCAGUCGCUGUGCACGUACGCGCGCGCCAAAAGGAUCAUCCUGGCCGUGUGGCUUUUCACGUCGCUCUACUGCGUCAUGUGGUUUUACCUCAGCAAUACGAAAGAGCUCGUGUAUGACGACGUGACCGUCGUGACCUGCGAGUACAGAGUGUCCCGGGAACUUUACUUACCCAUAUACUUCUUCGACUUCGGCGUGUUUUUCGUGCUGCCGCUCGCGCUCGCGAUCGUCCUGUACGGACUCAUCGCGAGAAUUCUGUUCCUGAACAUGUUACCGAAACAGAAGGUGAAGAACGGGCAGUAUGGUUCCGGUAUCAAACACUCUGUUCAGUGCUCGAGCACCACAGCGGCCUCGCGCAGACAGGUGAUAAAGAUGUUGGCAGUGGUGGUGGUUCUGUUCGCGGUGCUCUGGAUGCCUUACCGCACCUUGGUGGUAGUCAACUCUUUCCGCCAGGAGGCUUACUUGGACACCUGGUUCCUGCUUUUCUGUCGCACCUGUGUGUAUCUGAACAGCGCCAUCAAUCCUGUUAUCUACAAUGCCAUGUCCCAGAAGUUCCGCACUGCCUUUAAGAGGCUUUGCAGAUGCAGGUCAAAAGCACAGGCAAAGCAGACAGCCUACAGUGUGGCCCUGACCUUAAGUACUGCUAAAGAAACAUCCAUGAUCGAGAGCACAGAGCAUUUUUCAACAGAGUUGGAUGAUCUCACAGAAGAGCCAAAGGUUUUAAUCCCAGGCACGCAGAUAUUAUUUUUUGUACCUGCCCGUGAUACUUUGGAACACAUUUACUUUUUUUUUUCUUCUUCACGUUAAUGAAUGUGGUCUUUAUUUGAGCCUCGUAUCGGACAACUCGCUUGAGGCUGCAUGAAAGUAAAAACUGCCUACUUGUGCAACUUUUCUGUUGCAUUCUGCAGGAUUCCAGUUCUGAUGCACAGCUCUAGUCUCAAUCAGAUGCCCUAAGUACUCUUCUGACAAGCUUUCAAAAAAAAAAAAAAAAAAAAAGAAUGAUAGAGCAUUUCCUAUUUGUAUUUAUUUGUAUUUAUGUACAAUUCAAAUAAUGUAUUCAGUUACAUCCCUAUCUGAGAGUGUAUAAAAAUUUCCAAUAAAUUGUAUUUCCAUCAUCUGCUUUUAUGUACGCUCCUAUCCAGUGCAGUCGUGCUUUAUUCUUAAUGACAGUAAUGGAGCAAUGGAGUUACUGUUCGUAGUGGCGCUGUCUUGUUGUUUGAAAUGAUAUGUGUUUGUAUGAAGUCUGCAGUACAGUGUUUGCUGCUAUGCAUCAACAUGCCCUGAUUAAUAAUAGACAUAUAAUGAGUUAUGUUAAGCAUCGGUUAAGAGCUUCAGAAGACUUUACCGAAAGGCAGAAAUGUAAAUGAAACCCAAACAUUA